GGCCCAACAGGUCUGCUCACUGGCCUGCUGUGUGAAAGACUAGGGGCUUCAGUCUGCAUCAUCGACAGCAAGCCUUCGACACUGGACCUGGGCCGGGCGGAUGCUCUUAAUGCUCGGACACAACAGUAUCUCGAGAUAGUUGGUGUGCUCGACGAACUGCUUCCACAGGGUCUCAAAUGUAACACAAGCUCAACAUACGAAAACGGUGCCUGGACCUCGCGCCAGAGCCACUGGUGGACUGGUCUCGAACAUACGCUGCAUAAGAAUUUUCUUAUGAUCGGACAACCGGUUGUGGAGCGCAUUUUUGCCUCUCGCCUACAGACCACUCAAUUACUUUUUGAUACGCGCUGUGUCGCAAUGGAAGAGUCGGACUCGUCGGUCAAGACGACGACAGACAAUGAAGACCACCCGGUCAUCCACAGCAAGUACGUUGUUGGGGCUGAUGGGGCUCGCUCGACGGUGCGACAUCUCAUGGGUAUCAGCUUCAAAGGCACCAAGCCAGAGAUGGUGUGGACUGUGUUGGACACUUUCAUCGACACGGAUUUCCCCCGCGCCGACGAAAUUAUCACUUUCCAGCGCCAAGGAAAAAGUCGCGUGAGCUGGAUUCCCAGAGAAAGGGGCAUGGCAAGGUUCUACACACUGCUGGACGAGGAUCAAGAGAAGACUCAGAUGAACUCAGAAACGUCCAUUCGAGAGCAUAUGCACCCUCAUCAGAUUAAGUUUGUCAAGACGGAGUGGUUCAGCAUUUUCGAAAUCAAGGAACGCAUCGCCGGCACCUUCGUAACAAAAUCAGGACAAGGUCGCGUUUGUUUGGCUGGCGACGCUGCCCAUGUUCAUUCCGUCAAUGGCGGCCAGGGACUCAAUACGGGUAUAGCCGACGCAUUUGCAUUGGCUUGGCGGCUGGCGUAUAUCGCAGCCGCAGUCCAUGGUCAGCUAAAACUCGCCCCUGGUGCCGAAACUCGGCUUUUGCGCAGCUAUGAUACGGAACGCCGCGCUGUAGCACAGGGUGUCAUCGACGUUGCGUCUCGACUGGUUAGGGACACUCUGCGCACGGCUAAAGAAUACGUACAAACGAUUGAAACAAAUGCAGGUUAUAUUACAGGUAUGGGCGUCGCAUACGACUCGGUAGGAUCCGAGUUGGUUCAGACGGGCGGUCGCAAAAAUCUCGCUUGCUGGACCUGUGGCCAGCGAUGCCCUGACUUGCGACUGGUGGACAAGGAUGGGAAGACGAGUCGCGUCUACUCCCUUGCCCAAUAUGGCAAGUUCUGCAUUCUUUUGUUCGGCAAAGGGAACUUAGAUAUGGAUACCACUUGGCCUCCACCCUCGCGUGCUUUAUUUUACAAGGUGCUGCCAGCUGACACUCCUGCGGUCGCCGAGAUUAAGGACGUGGUCUGGAGCGUGGCUGAGCCUGUAGUUGGUGCCUUGGACAGUUUCAUUGUUGUUGUAAGACCUGAUAUGUACAUUGGUUUUGUGGGGGAGGGGAACAGUUGGCUAUCGUACUUGGCU